AGAAGUCAAGGUUUUUUUUUUUUCUUCCCCCUCUUCUUUCUUCUUUCCCUGCCUUGGAAAUCAGAUGUUCUGGCCUUUAGGAGCAGCAGAGAAGAGAACCAGCUACUCUAGGCUAAAACCUUCUUUGGAAGAAGCUUUGCUGCAGGGCAGGACAUCUGUGAAGCUUUAUCAAUCCAGUAAUUCAAUCAUGGAGAGAGGUUUAAAACACUUCUCCGGUGCCUUGCCCACAGUGUCUUCCUGGUCCUGAGGAGGAGGAAGAAGAUCAUUCAGAAAGGACUUCAGCCAUCCUUCUGCUUUCUGCCUUCCACCCACCCCCACCUUCAACUGGGGGGGCGGGAAUGGACCAUCUUUCUAGCAUCUCCUGAAAUAGUGGAACAGGCUAACGAGCGAAGAUGAUCAAACCUCUGGUCCAGGCGGAGGAGCCUUCUGCGCUGCCGCCGUCUCCCCCGACCAAGAAAGAUGUGGAGCUCUUGCUGGUGAAGGAGCAGAACGGGGUGCAAUACACCAGCAGCCACCUCCUGGAGCACGCCGGUCCCGGGUACAGCCCCGCCGGCGCCCCUCUGCAGGAGCGCGAGACUUGGGGCAAGAAGAUCGACUUCUUGCUCUCCGUGGUGGGCUUCUCGGUGGAUCUGGCCAACGUCUGGCGGUUCCCUUACCUCUGCUACAAAAACGGAGGAGGUGCCUUCCUCAUCCCUUACAGCCUCUUCCUCAUCAUUGCAGGAAUGCCUUUGUUUUAUAUGGAACUUGCUUUAGGCCAGUAUAAUAGAGAAGGGGCUGCUACCGUAUGGAAAAUCUGCCCGUUGUUUAAAGGCGUGGGCUAUGCUGUGAUCCUCAUAGCACUCUACGUCGGCUUCUACUACAACGUUAUCAUUGCCUGGUCUCUCUAUUACCUGUUUGCCUCCUUCACCAUGGGGGAGCUUCCCUGGGUUCAUUGCAAUAAUCAUUGGAACACCCCCAACUGCACAGACCCCAAAGUCAAUAAUUCUAUAUUCUUCAAUGUUAGCGCCAAGCUCAAGAAUACUCCCGCGGCUGAAUUUUAUGAGCGGAGAGUUUUACAAAUUAGCCGUGGGAUUCAUGAAAUCGGCCAGCCUCGGUGGCAGCUGGUGUUGUGCCUCUUGGUGGUAGUCAUAAUCCUGUUUUUUAGCCUGUGGAAAGGUGUGAAGACCUCUGGAAAGGUUGUAUGGAUAACUGCGACAUUGCCUUACGUUGUGUUGUCUGUGCUGCUAAUCCAUGGGCUAACUUUGCCUGGUGCAUAUGAGGGAAUCAAGGCGUAUCUCAACAUCGAUUUUGGACGAUUGAAAGAAGCUCAAGUAUGGAUUGAUGCUGCCACACAGAUAUUUUACUCUCUCGGAGCUGGGUUUGGUGUUUUAAUUGCCUUUGCAAGCUACAAUGAAUUCCACAACAAUUGUUACAGGGAUGCACUGAUGACUAGCACAAUCAACUGUGUCACCAGUUUCAUUUCUGGCUUUGCAAUUUUUUCUAUCUUGGGCUACAUGGCUCAUAUAUACAAAGUCAGCAUUAAAGAUGUGGCUACAGAAGGAGCUGGGCUGGUUUUCAUCCUUUAUCCAGAAGCUAUUUCAACUCUCAACGGAUCAACGUUUUGGGCAAUUGUGUUUUUUAUAAUGCUCCUUAGCCUGGGCAUAGACAGUUCUAUGGGUGGCAUGGAAGCGGUCAUUACCGGUUUGGCAGAUGAUUUCCAGAUCCUGAAGAGAAACAGAAAGCUGUUCACACUUGCUGUCUGUAUUGGCACCUUCCUCCUUUCUCUCUUGUGCGUAUCCAAUGGGGGGAUCUACAUACUGACUCUGCUGGAUACUUACGCUGCUGGGACCUCCAUCUUGUUUGCUGUUUUGGUGGAAGCCAUCGGCGUUUCCUGGUUUUAUGGUGUGGACAGAUUCAGCGAAGACAUCCAGCGAAUGUUGGGUUUUAAACCGGGCAUCUACUGGCGAUUGUGUUGGAAAUUUGUGAGCCCUGGUUUUUUACUGUUUGUAAUCUUAGUGAGCAUCAUAAAUUCCAAACCGUUGACCUACGACCAAUACACCUUCCCCACUUGGGCCACUUCUGUCGGAUGGGCCAUUGCAUCAUCUUCCAUGAUCCUUGUGCCUGCAUACAUCCUCUACAAAUUACUGAGGACACCAGGGACCUUUCAACAAAAAAUAGCGUACUGCAUCACACCACACAAUGAGCAGCAUCUAGUAGACCAAGGAAACGUGAGACAAUUUAAGCUUCAACACUGGAUAUCCAUAUGAUAACUGUGACAUUUGACAGGAAAAGUCAAUAUGUUGAAAAACACAGUUGGGAACACCUGAGAAAACGAGUGAUGAAGUCUGGGCCAUCCUUGGUUGUUAACUGACUGGCUGAUUCGGAUUAUUAAUUCCAAAUUUCUAUGAGUGAAGAUUCAUCUUCCUGCCAAACACUUAAUAGUUCGUAGUUUUUUUCCCCCCAGACAAACUUCCUUGAUAACUUGGUUUUUUAAAAAUUAUUAUUUUUUAUUUAAUAAUAAUGGGGGGAAAAUGCAACAAUUAAUUUUCAACAAGCUAAACAUGCUCCUGGUCAAAAAGGACCAUGCUUGCUAAUGCCAGCAGCAAAGACUUAGAGAUGUCUACUUUUGCUCAAAGGCCAUUUUACUUGGAGCAGAGAGAGAGAGAGAGAGAGAGAGAAAGGGGGAAAAACAACAACAAGAAGAAUGUUUUGGAAUCUUCAAAAGAAAAGGAGUGGUUGUGUUUCUUUAUUCAAGGGGGAAAAUGGUAGAAAAGAUCGCUUAUGAUGACGCUGGAUCUGGAGGUUUACCCAGACAUGAUUCAUCAAUAGAUUAUGCAUCCAAGCAAGUUGAUGGGACAACUAGACCAAUUCUGGUUUGGUAGAGAAAUCCAGAGUCAGAUCUCCAAUGAAGAAACUUUCCCUUGUGCUUCGAAGUCUUUGGCAAGCAAAAACCUGGACCGUUGUAAGAAGUUUUCCCAAUCAACUGUCAAAUUCCUUUCUUUCGUUGUUGGAGCAGAUCGUGACUUCCUUGCGUAGGUUAGGCAACGUUAUUCAGAUACCAAAUACAAUGUAUUUUGUAUCCUUAGCAAGAGCCUAGGAUGAUAUUCAAUUUCAAAUAAAUAAAUAAAAAUGGCUUCAGAGUA